CUGCUGAUGCUGCAUUCUGUCUCUUACAUUCUCCGGUGGCCUCACUUCUCGCAGACUUUAUCCUUCGAAAUUUAAAAUAUUAUCCGCAUACUUAAUACAAUUCUUCUGCCUUUCUGCACUGAAGCAACUCUCCCUGGACAAUAUCUGGCCACUUAAGACUCUGAGAUGAAUGUUGACUUCUGUCCCCUCUAAGCAUCUGAGUCUCAAAAUGCAAACUCCCAAUAAGUUACCCCACAGUGUGACUACUUAAAAGACAAUCGUGUUUCCUGGUAUGGCCUCCAAGACAAAUUGCAAAAGAUGCCCUUGAGUAAAAAAGCUCCAUCAAGAUGAAGUUACUUCUUUGGGCCUGCAUCAUGUGUGUCGCUUUUGCAAAGAGGAGACGUUAUCCCUUCAUUCACAAGAAAUCGCCCUCAUCCACUGAAGAGGAUUACUUUGGAAAUCGCUACCCACUUAAACCAUCUCUGAAUAUCCCCUAUGGCCUAUGGAAUGAUAAUUUGCCACCUUUUGUUUUGCCUCCUCUUAACACUCAACAAGGAAACGCCAUCACCAAAUUCUCCGGAAAUUCUGAGCUUGAAAGAGGGCUAUCUCUAUAUCCUUGGAUUCCCACUUCUCCCAAAUUUCGCUAUAUAUACCAAAACUAUAACUACCCCGCAGAUGCGCCACUGAAUGGUCCUGCAAUUGUUCCUCUUCCUCCUCCCCGACCCUUUCCUCCCAGGCCAUAUCCCUUUGUCAUCCCUCCAAAGAUUUCUGUCAUCUCACCCAUUGGACAUGAGCCUGUAGCAGCUUCUGCUGUGCCUGCUGAAGGCGAGGCUUUGGUACCUGAGAUCCCUGUAGAUAAACAUAUUGCGGGUCUGCCUCCGGUGAUCAAACUUGCAACACCCAUGCCACCCUCUGAACCCAAAUCUCUUGCACCUGAACCUGCUCCAGCCCACUUUGCUGCACCCGAGCCUGUCCCAGUCCAUUUUCUUGCACCGGAACCUGCUCAUCCCCAGCCAGAGAUGGCUGUGCCUGCCGCACCCCACCCCAUGGCACCUGAACCCGCUGUAGCCCUAUCUGUGGGAGCACAGCCUCUAGAAGCUGAAACCCCUGCAGGCCAGUCUCCUGAGAACAAACCUACUUCAGGUGAGCUUGCUGUAGCACAGUCUCUGCCGACCUUGCCUGCUGCAGGCCAACCUCCUCCGGAUGAACUCAUGGCAAGCCAGUCUCUUGUGGGAAAACUUAUUACAGCUGAGCCUACUGAAGCAAAACAGGAGGGACCUGAACCUUUUGAGGCCAAAUCUGCUAGCCACGAACCACAGCCGUUUUCUACCAGAUGCUGAUGAACCAAUCAAAGAAACCUAAACAUUCUUUCUUUUCCCAACAAAUAUUCCCUGUUUUAUUAAAGCUAUCAGUCUCUCCACA